CCUCUCUCCAGUUAAUUAACGGUUAUUCCCCAGUCCCCGUUUUACAGAUGAGGAAACUGGGGCUGGGAGUAUUAAAGAAAAUUGCCCAGCCUCUCGGUUUCGAUGAGCAAGUCCUUCUGACUUUCAGUCACUACUUGGGCGGGGGCUUCCCUCCCUGUUGAGCGGAUCUCUGGGUAAGGAUCCCCAGAUCCCUAGCUUUAGCGAGCCCCUCUCCUGCAGUUCCUAGUUCUCUUCCGGUCUUGCUUCCAUCCUUUCAAGUGGGUUAAAGCUCAUUUUGAAGAAUGGCCCCGGAAAAAGACCCUGGGAGGGAGCCGAAUCUGCCUUAGCCUCGCUGAGGGGCUCUUGUAGGGCCCUUUCCCUUCACUGCAGACUUCCUCUCAUGGACAAAUUCAGGAUGGUUCCCUGCCCCUGCACCCUUAAGCCUCCUGCUAACCCUUUCCUUCUCCCCAAAGAGGAGCCCCACCUCUUCAGAGCAAGGGGCUGGCCUGUACUAUUUUUGUCCUUUCUGGGAUUCUUCUGAGAACAGAUUCUUGUUUUCAGUCUGAUUCAGAUGUGAAACUUUUCCUGCAGCCUCUCACCCACUUGCUGUGGGCUGGGUCUCUGUCUCAUCACUCCUUCCUCCAGCCAGGCUCCUCCUGUUCCCCUGCCCCAAAUUCUUUCUGGUCAGUCACUUUUGCUGAGACCUGGAGGAGGAAGUCAGGGGCCCAAGAGGGAGCCAUUCCCCUCAGGGGCUCAGGGGGCCCGAGGGCAGCAUUUUGAUACUCUGAAGUAGGAAAACUUUGAUUCCCAUGGCAAGCCCUGUUCCUGUGCUGAGGAGUCACCUCCAGGGCCCCAUCCUCAGGCUGCGCUACAUGGUGAAGCAGUUGGAGAAUGGGGAGGUAAACAUUGAGGAGCUGAAGAAAAACCUGGAGUACACAGCUUCCCUGCUGGAGGCCGUCUACAUAAAUGAGACACGGCAAAUCUUGGACACGGAGGAUGAGCUGCAGGAGCUGCGGUCUGAUGCAGUGCCUUCGGAGGUGCGGGACUGGCUGGCCUCCACCUUCACCCAGCAGGCCCGGGCCAAAGGCCGCCGAGCAGAGGAGAAGCCCAAGUUCCGGAGCAUCGUGCACGCGGUGCAGGCUGGGAUCUUCGUGGAACGGAUGUUCCGGAGAACGUACACCUCUGUGGGCCCCACCUAUUCCACUGCGGUCCUCAACUGUCUCAAGAACCUGGAUCUCUGGUGCUUUGAUGUCUUUUCCUUGAACCGGGCAGCUGAUGACCACGCCCUGAGGACCAUUGUUUUUGAGCUGCUGACUCGGCACAGCCUCAUCAGCCGCUUUAAGAUUCCCACUGUGUUUUUGAUGACUUUCCUGGAUGCCUUGGAGACAGGCUAUGGGAAGUACAAGAACCCUUACCAUAACCAGAUCCAUGCAGCUGACGUUACCCAGACGGUCCAUUGCUUCUUGCUCCGCACAGGGAUGGUGCACUUCCUGUCGGAGAUCGAGGUCCUGGCCAUCAUCUUUGCUGCAGCCAUCCACGACUAUGAGCACACCGGCACUACCAACAGCUUCCACAUCCAGACCAAGUCAGAAUGCGCCAUCCUGUACAAUGAUCGUUCAGUUCUGGAGAAUCACCACAUCAGCUCUGUUUUCCGGAUGAUGCAGGACGACGAGAUGAACAUUUUCAUCAACCUCACCAAGGAUGAGUUUGUAGAGCUGCGGGCCCUGGUCAUCGAGAUGGUGUUGGCCACAGACAUGUCCUGCCAUUUCCAGCAAUUGAAGUCCAUGAAGACGGCCUUGCAGCAGCUGGAAAGGAUUGAUAAGCCCAAGGCCCUGUCUCUACUGCUCCAUGCUGCUGACAUCAGCCACCCAACCAAGCAGUGGUCGGUUCACAGCCGCUGGACCAAGGCCCUCAUGGAGGAAUUCUUCCGCCAGGGUGACAAAGAGGCAGAGCUGGGCCUGCCCUUCUCUCCGCUCUGUGACCGCACUUCCACUCUCGUGGCACAGUCCCAGAUUGGUUUCAUUGACUUCAUCGUGGAACCCACGUUCUCUGUGCUGACUGAUGUGGCCGAGAAGAGUGUCCAGCCCAUGGGGGAGGAAGACUCCAAGUCUAAAACCCAGCCCAGCUUCCAGUGGCGCCAGACUUCUCUGGAUGUGGAAGUGGGAGACCCCAACCCCGACGUGGUCAGCUUCCGCUCUACCUGGAUCAAAUACAUUCAGGAGAACAAGCAGAAAUGGAAGGGACGGGCGGCAAGUGGCAUCACCAACCAGAUGUCCAUUGACGAGCUGUCCCCCUGUGAGGAAGAGGCCCCAGCCUCCCCUGCUGAAGAUGAUCGCAACCAGAACGGGAAUCUGGACUAGCCUGGGGCCGGCCCAGGUCCUCACCGAGUCCAAAGUGAUUGAUGUCAUCAGCACCAUCCAUCGGGACUGGCUCCCCCAUCUGCUCCAAGGGAGCAUGGACGUUGAGGAACAGACAACCCACCCGAAGGACAAAUGCCAGAGAUUGCGGGAUUGGGGAAAGGGCCUGUCCCCACCCGACACCCACUGGGGCGCACUUUAAUCUCCCGGCGGCAAGACUGGGGAACUUCAGGCUCCCAGUGGUCACUGUGUCCACCCCCUCUGCCUCUGGACUCUCCCUAUGGCCAGAUGAUCGGCUGGAGGGAGCUUCCUGGAGGCUUCCCAGGGACUGGCGGGGAGGGUUGGAGAUGCCAGCCCCCUGGGUCCUCCCCCAUCCUUUUUGCCUCCAAGUUUCUAAGCAAUACAUUUUGGGGGUUUCCUCAGCCCCCACCCCAGAUCUUA